AUGGGUCAAGAUCAAUCAAGACCGGAGCUGGUGCACCUGGACGGGGCCUUGAAGCAGAACGGCUGUGCUGCUUCGGGUGUGUCUAUACACUCCGCAGGGUUAGUGCACAGGAAAGGGACCCCAAAGCUUAACGGUCGUUUCCCUUCGCGGGAAUCCCUACGCUCCACAGGGCUCUCGGCAUCAGCACCGAGCAUCGGACCCGAAGAUGCAGUCAUUGCAAUCGUGGGCUUCAAAGGAGUGGGAAAGACCAGGUUCAUCUCCCACCUAUCUAAGACGGCGUUGCCGGCGGAGGAUCUGGAGUCCAGCACCUCCCGCAUAACCGUGUAUCCCGCCUGCGUCGACGGACAGGACGUCUACCUUCUCGACACACCAGGCUUUGACGCCACGGACCGGACUGACGCCGACAUUCUCGAGGAAGUCGCUGGCUUCCUAACAGGCUUGUCUACCAGUAGCGCCGAGAAUGAAAUCAAGCUGGCCGGCAUCGUGUGCCUCUCCUCAAUAGGAGCCAGCCACAUCAGCAGCAACAGCCCAGGCGCCAAGAACAUUCCCAUAAUGUUCCAGAAGCUGUGCGGGCAAGAAACACUCUCCGGCAUCGUCGUCCUCGCCACCACCAUGUGGGACGUUUUCCCGCAGGACGAAGGCGAGAAGCGGGAGGCCGAGUUGCGGGAAACGGACGGCACAUGGGGAGAGAUGAUCCGCGACUACGGCUGCGCAGUGCUCCGGCAGGACGACGGGGCCGUGUCGGCGGCUGGCAUCAUCAAGCAUAUCCUCGCCUCAUGGCAGCAGCGCACCACAUCUCUGGAAGUGGCCCGAUAUGAACAUAAAGUGGGGGAGGAGGGAGAAAAAGUGAAGGACACGCGACCGCUUGACGAAGGCGUGGCUUUCGAUCUCGACCUCGAACCUGAGGCUGGCAAUGGCAAGGACCACCGGUCUGUAGCAUCAUCCUCGUCAUCCUCUAUCGAAAAGGAGAGGGCCGCCGUACAAGUGCUUCCCUUGCAUGAGCUUGCACCGGUUGUGAACGGCAAGAUCGAAUCGGAGGUCAUGGAGCAGCAGCGGAUUCAGGCAGAAAAGAUGGCUCUGUUGGAGGAGCAACUGGUGAGGGUCGCCAGCGAGAUUGCCAGCCUCCAGGCAGAGCAAGCGGCCAAGGAUGAGGAGGUCCGAACUGAGAGGGAGAGAGAGCGGGUGGAAAGCGAGAGGCGGGUGCUCGAACUCGAACAGGCCUUGAACGAUCUGAAGCUGCAACUCAAGCGCGUCAGGGACGAGGUGGAGUCGACGAAGCUGAAGCAGGGAGUCCUCGAUGCAGAGCUGAGGGAUUUUGUUAGAAAAAAAAACCAGGAGAGCUGGUGUAUUGUUAUGUAG